AUGUCUCCCUGCGGCAGAGUGGUCAACCGCGCGGACGCCUUCAAGAGGAGGUCAGGAUUGCAUUGGGUCGCACAACAGGCUGAGAGCUCCGACGUCGACGGGGCCGGCGGUGUGGGCGGUGCCGUGACGUUUAGCAGGCCAAACUCACUGCCUCAGCAGGCCAUUGGAGGAGCCUCAUACAGCCUAGCAUCCACUGAGAAGGGGACUUGCGGGACAUACGGCGAUGUUUGGUCCACAAUAGGGUUUACCAGCGGUACGGUUUCACCUCACCUGAAACUGUACUGCAAAGGUCUUACAACAAUAAUCCCAAGGCCUGAUAUUGGUGAAACAGCCAGCACAACUCCGGAAGAGUUGUGGCCCUGCCCGGGCCCUUACCUCCUCUGGGCGCCUUGGGGGGCGUGGUGGGCAUGGCAGCGGCCAUGGGACCGGCCUCAUGACGCCCCCCAGGCCCCCUCCUUUGAUUGCGUCAUGGUGACGCUAGCGACCCCGGGGCGUCAGAUAGAUGACGACCCGCGGCCAUGGGACCGGCCUCAGGACGCCCCCCAGGCCCCCUCCUUUGAUUGCGUCAUGGUGACGCUAGCGACCCCGGGGCGUCAGAUAGAUGACGACCCGGUUAGGUGUCGGCGCUGCUGGUGCGUCGAAGUGGCACCCCACCCCGGCGCCCCUAAGGCGUCACGCCCGAUUGCGUCCUGA